AACGCUCCCUCGCUCACCAGGCCGAGACGAGCCCCGAGAGCAACGACACCGCCCGCGUCCUGCUCAGCCGCACGGUCCCGCGCCACCGCCAACGCGCGGAACCUCACACCAACCAGCCACUUCCUCCCAGACCGUCUAUUGGCUGGCUGCCUUCUGACGUCAGGGAUUCGAGAACGGGAAACGGGCCCCUGGGACAGGCUGCGCGAGAGGAAGAGGCGCACGCCGACGGUUCCUCGCGCUCGCUGGGAAAGACCCCGCCCGCGGGAAGCGGUGCCGACGGCUUCGCCAGCUCACGUCCGUCGGGUCGCCACGCAUGCGCGCAGAGAGAAGCUGCGUUGCGUUGCGCUCUGGAUGCGUCAUGGGCUGGGCGCCCCUCCCCCUUCCUCCCGGGGCCUGCGGAGUCCCGGGCUGCGCGCGGAGCAGGCCGGGGAGAGUUUAAAAAGAAGACUAACAUGGUUGAAAACUCUCCAGCCCCAUUGCCUGAAAGAGCAAUAUAUGGAUUUGUUCUUUUCUUAGGCUCCCAGUUUGGCUUUAUGUUAUACCUUGUAUGGGCGUAUGUUCCUGAAUCCUGGUUAUUCUCAUUGGGACUAACAUACUGGCCUCAAAAGUACUGGGCAGUUGCUUUACCUGUAUACCUUCUAGUUACUUUAGGAAUUGGCUAUAUACUACUCUUUGGUAUUAACAUGAUGAGUACUGCUCCACUCAACUCCAUGCACACCAUUACAGAUAACUUUGCAAAAAAUCAGCAGCAGAAGAAAUCUCAAGAAGAAGCAAUCCCUGCAUUGAGGGAUAUUCCCAUUAGUGAAGUAAACCAAAUGUUUUUCCUUGCUGACAAAGGCAUUUGUAACAGAAAUUAAUUGGAACCAGACCUAGUUAGAAUGAGACACUACUACAAUAAUUUUUAGAAACACAUUGUAAGAAAAGUCAGAGGCUUGUCAGUGCUAGGAAAUCUAGCUCUUUAAACAACUGGAAUAUAUGAAUUUGUAUCUAAAUUAAGCUGUGGUUAUUACUGGUUCACCUGUGUGGCAUAGGGCACUGAACCGGGACUCAGAAGAUAUGGGCUCUAUUCCCAGCUCUGCUACUGGCCUGCUGGGUGACCUUGAGCAAGUCACUUCACCACUCUACUUUGGUUUCCCCUUCUGUACUAUGUAUAUGAUACUGACAUUUAUAAAGUGCUUUGAGAUCUUCUGAUGAAAAGUGUUAUUUAAGAGCUACGUAUUAUUAUUUAUUAAACAAAUUGAUGAUUGUUGAAAUGGUUUUAUUUCUUAAUGUAGAGAGACCUACAGUAUUAAACGACAAAAUACUUCAUUCUGGGAACAGAAUUCUUCCAUAUAAAUCUGUUUAGCUAUGCUCUGGAUCUGAAGUAAUCCAUUCAGUUACCCCUAUAUUUUUUUCUUGCACAUUGAGGGUGGGAUUUUCCAACACAUUCAAUGUUUGGCUUAAUUCAGUGGGAGCAGAGUUAGGCCAACAUUGAGUGCUCUUAAAUAUCCCACGCUAUUUUGACCAGUAAUACUAAAUUCAAGUAUAUGCAUUGUGACUGUACAGUAAUAUUAAUAAAAUGUUUUUAGUUGUCUAAAA